AUGGCACCAACAAAGACAAUCUCAAAGACACAAGCAUCAGCAUCCUCUAUCAUCAAACUCCCACUCGACACCCGCAACGACCCAACCCUGCGCCGUCUCAACCAGCUCCUCUACAUACCGGAAACCGGGAUUUGGGUCCCCGGCAAGAAGAGCACCCCAAUAUUCGAUUACUCGUCUCACUUUGACCGGUCGGCAAUCAACUGGUUCACCGACGACUAUGUUGGGUUCAACGAAGAUGUCAUGGCGCAGACCAAGGAGCUUGCGCACACGGCCAUUGCCAUGGACCAGAAUUCAUCCGAAGACAUACUGAAUCCCGCAGUGAUAUUCAAACUGUCGCGGACGCAUUGGUAUAACGACUCCAAAUUCAUCGUCACCAAGCCAGCGCCUUAUAUCGGACAGCGACGAGGGAGGACCCUCACCGAUGACUCUGCUCCUAGUCAGGACUCGGGAGAAAUUUAUCAGGAUGAAGUAGUACUAGCAGAGUAUGUUUCGCCCUUGCUAGCCUACGGCGUAACGAAUAUCUCGUUCCCGGACGACUCGCUUCACUCGUCGCACCCGAUCACAGUUCGACCUAUCAAUGCUACUCGUCGCUCGCAAUCUUUCGUCCAGGACUCCGUGUCGUAUGUAUGGGACGUGAACAGGACAUUGUUCCCUGGUGGCGGUGGAGUGUUGAGUUUGUACAAGGGGAUUGGCGCUAACAAGAAGAUUGAGAUUGGAAGAUAUCAGAGCGACAACGGGCAGUUCGUCCCCGGUGGACUGGUGGUGAUUGAUUCCGAUGAGGUGGAUGUGUUGAUUGCUGUGCUGAGCUUGAUGUCUGUGUUGGCGCAGAGAGAGAGCUUCUCUGUUCCCACGGGCAACUGGGCUGGAAUGAUUGUGCAAUAA